AUAUAAAACCCUAGCAUCAUCUUCAACAGCCCAACCAGAUCUUGGCGAGGUAAGGAACAGCUAUCCAUUUUUGCCUUCAAUUUGCUAGAUUUGGGUUGGAGGAUUAAAAACUUCAACUCAAAUAUAAAAAAUUUGGGUUGAACUCGAGUUAGGUUCGGGUUAACCCGCUCAACAGCCCCAAGUAAAUUCCACUACACGACGCCACUAACUUGCCAUAACCCGUGAGACCGCCUCAUUUACUGGCCAUUCCGGUUCCUUCAUCUCUUUACCCGAAAUCUCAGUAUAUAAAAGCCUUCUCUCUCUCCCUCUCUGUCUCUCUCUCUCUCCAAUUCCCUUGACAGUUAUCUUCAAGCAAUCUCACCGUGACCUUGGGUAUCGUCUCCGAUCUCUCUGUCUCAUAAUUUCUUUUGAACUGGAAGACCGAAGAUGGCAGAUAAUGAAGAUAGAGAGGAAAUUACUUCCCGUGGAAACGAGUGGGAAGUUGUAUCACUCACAGCAUCAACAUAUGCUGCUGCUCCUGGUCCAAAACAGAAUGACGAUGAAAAGGAUACUGCUGUUGGAGAGAAUGAAUCAGAAACUUCUCAUGCUAUGGUUAUGUCUGGCCAUUUUAUCUUUCCACCACGUCAGCGUGAAGGUUUGCCAUUGGAACCUGAAAAUACUGAGGUUCAUAGGGAACGAGGAGUUGAAGAUCCUGUUUCUGAAAUGAUCGCAGAGGAAGGGGGUAUUUCAAAUACAAAGGAAGAAGAAAAUUGGAAUUUUAAAGGAUUGGCCGAGUCAGAUGAUUUUUCUGGAAUUCAGUUUUUUGAUGAAAAGGGUACUAAGUUAUCCAUUAGUGGUACUGAAUUUGAAGAAGGCACAACUUUAGAGGGAUUAAAUUUGGUGGAAAAAGAGCAGAGCAUUUACAGUGCUGCCACGUUUAGUUCCUUCCACAGUGAAGCAGCCAUUGGUGAAUCGACCAUGGUUGAGGAGAACGUUGGAAUUGCUGAACCAAUGGACUCUUCAGACUCUGACGUAGAUUCAGACAUCUCACAUUUUCCGAAGAAUAGUGACGAAGAUAAAUAUGAUGGAUCUGACCUACCUUGCAAAGCUUGGUGGAAGAGGCAAGCUUCUUCUUUAUAUGCUCAUGCUAAAGAGGCAAACACAUUUUGGUCAAUUUUCGUUGCGGCAGCUGUGAUGGGCCUUGUAGUUCUUGGGCAGCAAUGGCAGCAGGAAAGAUGGCAGAUUUUGCAACUGAAGUGGCAGUUCCGCAUCAAUGAAGAGGUCGAUUGGAAACUGAAGUUGGAAAUAACAUAGUAGACGUGUUUUGGUUUGAAGACGUUCAUCCUUGAUAGGAUGGGUAAGAUGCUGGGUCCCAUAUCGCGAUUUAAAGAUGUUAUUGUGGGUGGCCACCGACGGGGUGCCUCUGUUAGUGGCAGAACCUCAACAGAUCGUUAAGAUGAUGACGAAAAGAGAGAGAGAGAUGUUAGGAAUUGUGAAAUUCUAGUGUGCUUUUGGGUGGUGUAAAUGAUCUAUUUCUCUUAUGACUUAGAUAUAAAGCUACAUGUUAAUACUUGCAUGUUAUUAUGCCACUAUUCUUUUGGUUGUGGGUUCCUUGGUGAAGAUUUAAGAAGUCACUCUCUUAGUAAAUCUCCUAUUAGCAUUCUCAAAAUCAUUGUUAUAUCUUUUUUGCUUAGAUUGAAGCCAUCUUCUCAAGCCUUCGGCUUCUUUUACCAGGU